AUGGAUGCUGACACGGUAGAACUCCUAACCCCGAUGGCGAGUCUCGGAGAAAGCUGCGGUUAUGAAGCGUGUCCGGCGGCGCGGGCGGGGCACAUCACGGUGCACGUCGCGCCGCACUCGCACGCCGAGCUCGGUUACACCCGCACCUUCAGCGCGCACUACACUGGCGAAGACGGCGAGGUCACGCCUAGUAAGGUGAACAUGAAGCGCAUACUCGACGCCACCAUCGCCGAACUGUGGGCUAACCCUGACAGAACAUUCACACUAUCAAGCUCGGAGUUCCCGUACUUCUUCCAUUGGUGGUCGGAGCGCCAUCCCACCGUCCACCGCAUGGUGUACGAGCUGCUGCGUCAGGGGCGGCUGGUGCUGGUGGGCGGCGGCUGGGGCAUGGCGGACGAGGCCACCACCGGCUACCGGGCCCUCGUAGACAGCUACACGUACUCCCUGAGGAAGAUCAACUCCACCUUCCUCCACUGCGGGAGACCGCUGGUGGCGUGGCAGGCGGACACCUUCGGCCACUCCCGGGAGGUGGCCUCGUUGUUGGCGCAGAUGGGCUUCGAUGGUCUGUUCUUCAGCCCCAUGAGCUUUGACGACGAGAUCAUACGCAUGAAUAGACAGGCGCUGGAGUUUGUUUGGCGAGGGAGUGAUGAUUUGGGCACACACACAGACAUACUGGCACACAAGCUGUUCGACGGCUACUGGUCUCCGCCGGGGUUCUGCUUCGGCGCGUUGUGCUCUGACCCGCUGCUCGUACACUCAGACUCCAUCUUCAACAAUAUAGAGGAGAGAGUGGACGCAUUCCUGGAAUCCAUCCGCUACCGCCAGGCUCCCCACUAUCCCACGCCCAACGUGCUGGUGAUGAUGGGUCAACGCUUCGGCUACUUCCGAGCAGCUACCUGGUUCAAGAACAUUGAUAGACUUAUCGAUGAGGUGAAGAGGAAGGCGAGUAAGGAGGGCAUUCCGGUUCACGUGGUGUACUCCUCUCCGCCGUGCUACCUCAAGGCCGUUCACAGCGCAAGACCGACCCUGGAGCCCAAGCAGGACGACUUUCUCCCGCUGGCGUACAACGAGAACUCGUAUGCCGUGGGCUUCUACACCGCGCUGCCGGCGUUCAAGCUGCUCAUCCGGCAGGCCAACGUCUACCUACAGAUGGCCAAACAGCUCCAGGUGCUGGGUAACUUGGCCAACAACACGCAUUUGUUGGAUAACUUCAUGUGGCUUGUCGGACUGAUGCAAGACCACGGCAUCAUCACGGGCGGGCUACGGGAGUCUGUCAUGAACCACUACGCAGAGAAGCUGCAUCACGCCGUAGACCAGUCUGUUGGGCUACUGGAGCAGAUCCUCAGGCGACACGGGCACCCGGCGAAUGUAAAGUACUUUAGAUGCCCGUUCAACGAGUCUUCCUGUUCGCAAGUCAAAGAUACAAGUUUUUAUAUAGUACUGUACAACCCGCUAGCUUGGAAUGUGACGGUGCCAGUCCGCAUCCCAGUUGAAGAACGAGAGUAUAACGUGUUCGGAUUCGAUGAUAACGAGCUCGCUGCAGCGCUCCUCCCAAUACCAUCACCAGUCCUGACCCUCACCAGUGACACCCAUGAGCUGGUCUUCAUUGCACAAGUACCGGCGUUAGGUUACAUAUCGUAUUACAUACACACAGACAGAGGAAUGAAGAGGAGUGCUAGACAAGUGAAUGAAGAUGAUGAAGAGACGACACAAACAACUACAAAAGACGACGAACUAGAAAUAAAGCCUAUUGAGGAAAUAGAAAGAAGAACCCAAGAAAUUAAUGGUACAGAAGAUAAUAAAAAUAUGAGUAAUGUAGACGGAGCUACGGUAGCUAAAGAGGAUCAGGAAAGAAAUUUAGUAAACCAAGCAACUCCUGCUGAAGAGUCAAAGGAUGACUUUAUAAAGAAUCAGUACAUCCAAAUUAACCUGGACAAAUACCGCAAGAUCUCCAGCAUACAACUAUCAAACGGCUUGACCACCUCACUCGACCUACAGUACUACUACUACGUGUCUGAUGACCCUCAUAGUGUCAGGGGCUAUGUGGACCCCGACAACCCGGAACCCUUCAAGCCCGAUAGGAAGAGCCCUGGGACCUACAUCUUCAGGACCAUGGACCGAAUUCCUGUGCCUAUCAUAGACACGUUACACACCAAAGUAUUUAAGACGGACGUGGUCCAAGAGAUACAUACGAGCUACUCCAAGUACGCCUCGCUGGUGGUGAGGCUGUAUGAUGGUAGACCGCUGGUGGAGGUGGACUGGAUGGUAGGCACCAUACCUGUUGAAGAUGGCCUCGGGAAAGAAGUUUUUAUAAGGUACACAACGGAUCUGAAGAGCGAUGGCGUGUUCUACACGGACGCGAACGGCCGACAGACCGUCAUGCGGAGACGGAAUUUGAGAGGGACGUAUGAACCUUUCAACUUGGACCCCAUCGCAGGCAACAUCUACCCAGUGACCUCUCGUAUAUACAUCGACGACACCAACAACAACAUGCGCUUUUCCAUCUUCAACGAUCGACCUCAAGGCGGCACCUCUCUCCACGAUGGCUCGGUGGACGUCCUGCUCCAAAGACGAAUACUAACCGAUGAUGCCGGGUUCCAAGCCUACCUUAACGUCACUAAUGUAGUCCGUGGAACCCACUACUUAUACCUAACUAAAGCAGACUACAAGCCAAAUAGAAUCUUCGAGAAGAAACUGGUCAAAGAAAUAGAAUUACACCCUCUAAAGUUUAUAGCACAGAAUAUAAGUAAAGAAAAGUGGAUGACCAUGCAGACUGAAUAUAGUGCUUUAAAAACUAAAUUACCAGUAGGUGUCCAUGUGUUAACAAUACAAGAAUGGGAUGAAAACACUUUGCUGCUGCGUUUAGAGAAUUAUUUAGAGAAAUCUGACGCACUCAAAAGUGGUACGAAACAUGUUAACAUAAAAGAUUUGUUUGUCAACAUAAAAAUUAAUAAAAUAAGGGAGACCAUGCUGGCUGGACACAUAUGGCUGGAAGAUUGGCAGCCACUACAAUGGCAGUUAAAGAAUAACUUUUUCAAGAACUUCAAUGAGUAUUAUGCCAACAGUACUGUAGAAUAUAUUAAGUCUGAGGACUUAAAGCCCGUUGAACAGGUUGAUUUGGACAAAGGUAUAACGCUGACACCACAGCAGAUACGAACAUUUGUUGUUUGGUAUGAGGUCUAAAUUGGACUUUAGCAUAA